UGUGCGGUGGAAACUGACGUUCAACCAGCUCAGUGAAGUGGCGGGAGAUUUAUGAAACACGUAUAUGGAGUAUUAGAGCUCGAGCUGGAUUAAAAGAAAAUGGAUAUUAAAAGGCGCAAUGGUGGCCCUGCAAUGGGUUCGCAGGCCAAAAAAGGCAAGCCUAGCACAGAGUGGGAGGAUGGCCCCUCCCAGUUUGAAGAGGAACUUGCAUUGUUUGAUGAAAUGGACAUGGAGGUGGAGUCAGGGGAGGGGCAAGCUGGUCAUGACGUCAUCCCAGUAGGUGAUUUAUUCUCUGCUGAUCUGAAUCCACGCUGGAAAAGACCUCAUGCACCACCUCUUCAUCCAAAAUCAGACACGCUCAUCUUUCAGCAGAUAGACCUGGAUUACUACUUGGGAGCGGCGGUAGCAGGAAUGCCUGGACAGGUUCAGGGCAAAGUGCCCAUAGUGCGCAUGUUUGGUGUGACGGACAAUGGGAAUAGUGUGUGUUGCCAUAUUCAUGGAUUUGCCCCAUAUUUCUAUGUUCCUGCCCCUAACGGGUUUACGAAUGCACACUUGGCUGAGUUUCAGAGAGAGCUGAACUCUGUAGUGUUGAAGGACAUGCGCUCCAAUAAAGACAACAUUGCAGUCACUGUGCUCGCCGUGGACAUCACCAAGAAAGAAAGUAUGUAUAAUUACCAUGGAAACAAACCUCAUGAUUUCCUGCGCAUCACGAUGGCGAUGCCGCGUCUGGUCGCCCCAGCGAAGCGUCUCCUGGAGCAGGGUUUUAAAUUUGCCAACUUCGCCACUCAGAGCUACCAGGCCUUCGAAGCAAACAUUGACUUUGAGAUCAGGUUCAUGGUAGACAGCAAUGUGGUUGGUUGCUGCUGGAUUGAGCUUCCUAAAGGGAAAUACCAGCUGAGGGAGGAGAGGAGGGAAGGACAGACAGACUCGAAAUAUCCGGGAAAGGUUUCCUUGUGUCAGUAUGAGGUGGACGUGGCGUGGGACAGUCUGGUCAGUCAUCCUGCUGAAGGAGAAUGGCAGAGAAUCGCUCCACUCAGAGUCCUCAGCUUUGACAUUGAGUGUGCUGGCAGAAAAGGUGUGUUUCCGGAGCCGGAGGUCGACCCAGUGAUUCAGAUCGCCUCUAUGGUGCAGCGUCAGGGAGAGAAGGAGCCGUUUAUUCGGACGGUCUUCACCUUACAGAGCUGCGCCAGUAUAGUGGGCUCUCAGAUUCUCUGCUUCACCCAGGAGAAACUACUGCUGCAGAGUUGGGCUGAGUUCAUGAGGACCGUGGAUCCUGACAUCAUCACUGGCUACAAUAUCCAAAAUUUUGACCUUCCAUAUCUCCUCAACAGAGCUGCAACCUUAAAGGUGAAUAUGUUCCCAUAUCUGGGUCGUGUGUGGGGCUGUAAGUCUGUUCUGAAGGAUUCCAGCUUCCAGAGCAAGCAGAUGGGCCGUAGAGAGAACAAAACAGUCAAUAUGGAGGGACGUGUGCAGUUUGACCUGCUGCAGGUGUUGCUGAGGGAUUACAAACUGCGUUCUUACACGCUAAAUGCCGUCAGUUUCCAUUUCCUGCAGGAGCAGAAGGAGGAUGUGCAGCAUUCGAUCAUCACAGACCUACAGAAUGGGAAUGAGCAGACGCGCAGGCGUUUGGCCGUAUACUGUCUAAAGGAUGCGUAUCUGCCCCUGCGUUUGCUGCAGAAGUUGAUGUGCGUCAUUAACUACAUGGAAAUGGCCAGAGUCACUGGAGUUCCCCUGACGUACCUGCUCUCUCGUGGACAGCAGAUUAAAGUGGUUUCACAGCUCCUCAGACAGGCUAUGAAGCAGGAUCUGGUGAUGCCGGUGGUGAAGACGGAGGGAGGGGAGGACUACACUGGAGCCACUGUCAUUGAACCAGAGAAAGGGUAUUACAGUGUUCCUAUAGCAACUCUGGAUUUCUCCUCUCUGUAUCCCUCCAUCAUGAUGGCUCAUAACUUAUGUUACACUACACUACUGCAGAAGAACCAGAUUGAAAAACUGGGUUUGGGUCCAGAAGAUUUCAUCAAAACCCCCACUGGUGAUUUGUUUGUGAAGAGCUCAGUGAGAAAAGGUCUUCUCCCUGAAAUCCUGGAAAACCUGCUGAGCGCCCGGAAAAGAGCAAAGGCAGAGCUAAAGAAAGAAACAGACCCCUUUAAAAAGCAGGUGCUGGACGGAAGGCAGUUGGCCUUGAAGAUCAGCGCAAACUCUGUGUACGGCUUCACCGGAGCUCAGGUCGGCAAGCUGCCCUGUCUGGAGAUCUCACAGAGUGUCACAGGCUUUGGCCGGCAGAUGAUUGAACAGACCAAACAGCUUGUGGAAUCAAGAUACACACUAGAUAAUGGCUACCAGGCUGAUGCAAAGGUCAUCUAUGGAGACACGGACUCUGUGAUGGUGAAACUGGGUGUUGCAACUGUGCAGGAAGCAAUGAAUCGGGGAAAGGAGGCUGCUGAUUGGGUCUCCUCCCACUUCGUUCCACCAAUCAAAUUAGAGUUUGAGAAGGUGUAUUACCCGUAUCUGUUAAUCAAUAAAAAGCGGUACGCCGGGCUGUAUUUCUCCUCCAGUGCUGAACAUCAUGAUAAGAUGGACUGCAAAGGAAUAGAGACCGUGAGGCGAGACAACUGCCCUCUAGUGGCCAACCUCAUCAACACAUGCCUCCAAAACAUCCUCAUUGACAGAGACCCUGACGGAGCAGUAACUCAUGCUAAAGAGGUAAUCUCAGACCUUCUGUGUAACCGCAUUGACAUCAGUCAGCUGGUCAUUACUAAAGAGCUCACGCGCACAGCACAAGAGUAUGCAGGAAAACAGGCCCACGUCGAACUAGCAGAGAGGAUGCGUAAGCGGGACGCCGGUAGCGCUCCAAACCUCGGAGAUCGAGUGCCUUAUGUCAUCAUUAAAGCAGCAAAGGGAGUCGCGGCAUAUAUGAAAUCAGAGGACCCCAUCUAUGUGCUGGAGAACAACAUCCCUAUAGACACGCAGUACUACCUGGAGCAGCAGCUCUCCAAACCAUUACUGCGCAUCUUUGAGCCCAUUCUGGGGGAGAGCAAAGCUGAGAGUGUGUUACUAAAGGGAGAUCACACCCGCUGUAAGACAGUCUUGACCUCCCGAGUCGGUGGUCUCAUGGCUUUCGCUCAGAAACGAAGCACUUGCAUCGGCUGCAGAGCUGUGCUCAAAACUGAUGUGGCUGUAUGCGACUUCUGCAAAAAGAGAGAAUCCGAGCUCUAUCAGAAGGAGAUUGCUCAUCUGUCAACACUAGAGGAGAAAUUCUCUCGCCUGUGGACUCAGUGUCAGCGCUGUCAGGGUUCACUUCAUGAAGAUGUGCUUUGCACCAGUCGAGAUUGCCCCAUCUUCUACAUGAGGAAGAAGGUGCAGAAAGAUUUAGACGAUCAGGAGAAGCUCGUCUCUCGUUUCGGCUGGUGAUCGAUGACAAUUAUUUUCCUUCUCAACAUUCAUUUCUCAACGUCUUCUUACCUCAAAGAUGGAGUCUGUCAAACUCCAGAUUGUAAAGAAUCUUCAUUUUGUAGUGGCUGAAUAAAUAAGUGCAUUUUUGUAAAA